ACAGGACAUUUAAUGUUUCACAAGAACUACAAGAAUGGCAACAAAACAAAAUGUACAUCCCUGAACAAACUCAAGUUAACUGUUUAAAAUGAUCACAUUAGUCUGUUUCUCUUUCUUUUCAGGGGGGUCAUGUAGGGUCAUGCUAGAAAAGCAAGACAGUUUCACAUCCUUAAAUAUGUUUCUGUUGUGCUCUGUGUUACAGCUGUACAGAGUUACGGCGAGUGGAGUGUGACUUGCCCUUCUAAGACAGUGUGUGCCAUAAAAGGAUCAACAGUGAACAUUUACUGCACGUAUAGUCACCCAUACAGUGAAGAUGGCAUAACCAUCAAUGUUGAGAAAACAUUUUGGUUUACUAAAACUAAUAAGGACCCUGUUGAUUUGGAAACACAAGAGGAGUAUGCAGGUCGUGUGCAAUACCAAAGAACGCAGAAACGCUGCACUUUGAUAAUAGAAGACCUGAAAGAAAGCGACUCAGCUUUGUACAAGUUUAGGUUCAUUACUAACAAAGUAGAUGGACGUUAUACUGGUGAACCAGGAGUCCAAUUAUAUGUCUCAGACCCACAUUUAACUGUCAAAAAGUCAUAUUCAAGGCUGGAAUGUUCCACCUUGUGUCUUUUACCUCCCCGUUCUACAUAUGUGUGGUACAAAAAUGGAAAAACAAUCGACACAGUGACGUCUGUAUAUUCUGGCCCAUUUUCAUACCUUGACAGCAUGGCCUGCGCUGUUAAAGGACACGAGGACUUUCCUUCCCCUUUAUUCUGUACCGGCUACUACUGCUAUAAAGUAACGUACAGUAAAGGAAGAAUCUGUGCAUUCAAAGGUUCUUCUGUGACCAUUGGUUCCUUUUACAAUAGAUUCAAUGUCGUAUCAGCAUUCUGGUUCAGUCCUGGACGCAGUGAGAAAUGGAUGGAUCCCUUGAACCCAGAGACCCUCAUAGAAGACUCUCAGUAUGCAGGUCGUGUGGAUGUCACUUACACAACAGGGCAGUCCAACCUGACAAUUACUAACUUAAGAGAGAGUGAUUCAGCAGAGUAUCGAUUUAUGUUCCAAACACAUAGGUUUAAGUGGGGGAGUGAUUUACAUGGAACAACUCUAACUGUCACAGCUCUCCAGAUUCAAGUGACAAAAACUUCAGCUUUGCAGGACACAACAUAUGCAGAGCUGAAGUGUCACAGCAGCUGCACUCCAGCUGUCUAUCACUACAUCUGGUUCAAGAAUGGACAGAACCUUGGCCAUACAGAAUCUACCUAUAAAGGCCCCAUUAACACUACAGAUAAAAUCUCCUGUGCUGUAUCAGAGCAUGAGGAAUACAGAGCUCCGGAAGUGUAUGCUCCAGUUUCUCCUUCUGUGUCAGUCAAUUCCUCAGGUGACAUAUUUGAAGGCAAGCCAGCAACACUGAGGUGCAGGAGUCAAGCUAAUCCACCCGCUUACUACACUUGGUACAAGAAGACUAAAACUUCAGCUCUUCAACAUGUUAGUGAAGAUUCACAGCUUUUCCUGAGCUCCAUCCAAUUGUCUGACUCUGGAGAUUACUGCUGUGUAGCCAAGAACCAGUUGGGGGAAAGCCAAUCUAAAUAUCUUAAUGUUGAUGUGAAAUAUGCUCCAAAGCGUGCAGAUGUGUCACAGAGUCACAGGGAAGUAGUGGAGGGUGUUUCAGUAAAUCUGACCUGUAGCAGUGAUGGUAACCCAGCACCUAAUUACAGUUGGUACAAAGACAACCAAAUGAUGCUUCAAGGACAACAAGGUGUGUAUCAAUUAACUUCUGUCAGGUCUGAGGACAGCGGCAUCUACAAUUGUCAAGCUGAGAACCAAUAUGGACUGAUCAGCUCUUCAUCUGUCCAUAUAAAUGUGGAGUAUUCUCCAAGGCUUCCCUCUGUGUCUGUGAAUCCUCCUGGUGAGAUAGCAGUGGGUGGUUCAGUGAACUUGAUCUGCAGCAGUGUUGCUAACCCAGCAGCUACCUAUACCUGGUACAAAGAAAGCACAACUUCACCAGCAGCAUCUGGACAAAUGUUCACCAUUGAGGCCAUCAGACAUGAACAUGGUGGAAAUUAUUACUGUCAGGCCAGAAAUAGCAGAGGACACCAUAACUCCACCUUAUAUCUGAUUGUGGUUUUAAGUUCAGCUACAACUGCUGUUGCUGGAUCAAUCACUUUUAUAUUCCUCUUUGGUUUAUUUUUGUCUGCCUUUAUCAUUUUUAGAAAAAAGAUGGCUUCAAGGCAAACUUCUGAGACCAGAGAGAGACCAGGAGUUAUCUGGACAAACCACUCGGGUGUUAGUCUUCCUUUACAUUAACACUUGAACAAUGCUCGUAGUCGUACUCGUCGUCUUCCGCUUAUCCGGGACCGGGUCACGGGGGCAGCAGACUCACCAGAGACACCCGGACAUCCCUCUCCCCAGACACCUCCUCC